AUGCCUUCUCUCAAAAAACUUGUCACUAAAAUUAUCAAGAAAUCUAAUGUUGCUACCAGAUCGAUCCCUCCUCAAGAACAGAUUUAUGAAAACAUGUGGUCAGAUUUUGACCAAGGGGAGGAAUGGAAUGUUGAAGAACCAUUUGGUUCAACCGGCAUUAAAGAAGAUUUUGAAUCUUCUUCAAUACAAGCUGAACAAGAAGAUCCUUUGUUGAUUCUUGUUGCUGCAGUUGAAUCUUUCGGAGGGAGAUGUGGUGAGAUAGGCAAUGACCUUGAUAAUACCAUCCAAGAUCUGUUGGAUGGCAAGGUUAGAAUAGAAGAUUUCUCUCUCAUCAAUGUCUGUUUGAUAGAGAAUGUCUUCUAUUCGUCAGAUAAUCGAAGGCUUUAUUGCUUCAAGGAGGCAAUAAAGCGAGGGCUGAAUGUUGACAGGAUACCUGAGGUGGUGGUUAGUUCUUCAUUAAGAAAUGGGAGGGUAAUUGAUGAAGAAAGACAAAAAGAACGUGAGGAACAAGAAAAACGAGAAGCAAGAGAACGUGAAGAACGAGAAAAGCAAAGACAAUAUGAGCAAGAAGAGAGAAAAAAAGAAAGGGAAGAAAGAGAAAAAAGAGAAGCAAAUGAAUGA